AUGAGUUCUAAUAUUGAAUGCUUCUUGUGUAACUAUUUGCAAACGACACAUUUCUCUAUACAUCUGGACGAGUCAACUUUACCUGGUAAUGCAGCAUUAUUAUUGCCAUAUGUUCGUUUUAUUAUGAAUCAAGAAAUUCACGAGGAACUGCUCUUCGUAAGAAAGUUGACAACCGACACUAAAGGUGAAUCAAUAUUUAAUGUUUUAAAGGAUAACUUUAUUGUAAAAGCAAUCCCUUUACCAAAUAUCAUAUCAAUAGCUACAGAUGGAACACCUGCCAUGGCUGGACGUUAUCGCAGAUUUAUAAGCUAUUUAAAACAAAAUGUGCCAGGGGUGUUACCAAUACAUUGCAUUAUCUAUCGGCAACAUUUGGUUGCUAAAAGUUUGAGCUAUAUUGCAUCAAUCUCUUCAAUUAGUCAUUCAUGCAGUAAACCGAAUCCAAAGCAACGCGUUGAAUAG